UUACUUAACGGGCUGCGGCGGGGCAACAAGGCAAGUAGAAGCGAGAGGGAGGCAGAGAGAGAGAGAGGCAGGCGGAGGAGGAUGGAUUCCGACUACGGCGUGCCCAGGGAGCUCUCAGAUCUGCAAAAGCAGCGUUCGCUGUACCAACCGGAACUUCCGCCGUGCCUUCAGGGCAAUGCAGUCAGAGUUGAGUUUGGAGAUGCAACAACUGCUGUUAAUCCCACUAAUGCACAUGUCAUUAGCCAAGUAUUUCCACACACUUAUGGGCAACCAUUGGCACAUUUUUUAAGGCCUAGUGCGAAAGUUCCAGAUGCGCAUAUCAUAGUGGAGCAACCAAAUAUUAGGGUUGGUAUAGUAUUCUGUGGGAGGCAAUCCCCAGGGGGGCACAACGUCAUUUGGGGUCUUCAUGAUGCUAUCAAAACCCACAACCCUAAAAGUACAUUGCUUGGAUUUGUUGGAGGUACCGAAGGAUUAUUUGCAAAGCAAACUGUGGAAAUAACUGACGAUAUCCUGUCUACUUAUAAAAAUCAAGGUGGCUAUGAUUUACUUGGCCGGACAAAGGAUCAGAUAAGAUCAACUGAACAAGUCAAUGCUGCAAUGUUGGCCUGCAAAGACUUGAUGUUAGACGGCCUCGUCAUUAUUGGAGGAGUUACUUCCAACACAGAUGCUGCCCAGCUUGCUGAGACAUUUGCGGAGUUAAAAUGCCCAACAAAGGUGGUUGGAGUUCCUGUAACCUUGAAUGGAGAUCUAAAGAAUCAGUUUGUUGAAACAAAUGUUGGGUUUGACACAAUAUGCAAGGUUAACUCACAACUGAUUAGUAACGUAUGCACAGAUGCUCUCUCAGCUGAAAAGUAUUAUUACUUUAUUCGCCUGAUGGGCCGUAAGGCUUCCCAUGUAGCUUUGGAAUGCACUCUCCAGUCACAUCCCAAUCUGGUUAUCCUAGGGGAGGAGGUCACAUCAUCUAAAUCUACAAUUUUUGAUAUUACAAAACAAUUAUGUGAUGCAGUCCAAGCCAGGGCUGAGAAGGACAAGAAUCACGGUGUCAUCCUUAUUCCGGAGGGGCUUGUGGAGAGUAUACCAGAAUUAUAUGCCUUACUUCAGGAAAUUCAUGCUCUUCAUCACCGGGGAGUGUCUGUUGAUGAUAUUUCCUCUCAACUUUCACCUUGGGCUUCUGCUUUAUUUGAAUUCUUGCCACCAUUCAUCAGGAAACAGUUACUUCUACAUCCAGAAUCUGAUGACUCUGCACAGCUUUCCCAAAUUGAGACAGAGAAGCUUCUUGCACAUUUAGUUGAGACAGAAAUGAACAAGCGUUUAAAGGAAGGUACUUACAAAGGAAAAAAGUUCAAUGCAAUAUGCCACUUUUUUGGGUAUCAAGCUCGAGGAUCCUUACCAUCAAAAUUUGAUUGCGACUAUGCCUUUGUUCUUGGCCACGUGUGCUAUCACAUAUUAGCAGCUGGCUUGAAUGGGUACAUGGCUACCAUUACAAAUCUGAAAAACCCUGCUAACAAGUGGAAAUGUGGUGCUGCUCCAUUUACAGCAAUGAUGACUGUGAAGAAACAUUGGUCAUGUCAUCCUGGAGUCACCUCAAUUGGAAAACCUGCCAUCCAUCCAGCCACAGUUGACUUGAAAGGAAAAGCAUAUGAGUUACUACGAAACAACUUCUCAAGACUUCUGAUGGACGAUAUCUAUAGAAACCCAGGGCCUGUCCAAUUUGAAGGACCAGGUGCUGAUGUUAAACCUCUCACACUGUGUGUUGAAGAUAAAGACUACAUGGGCAGGAUCAAAAAGUUGCAGGAGUAUCUUGAUGAGGUAAGAAGCAUUGUGAAGCCUGGCUGCUCGCAGGAGGUCCUUAAAGCAGCUUUAAGUGCCAUGUCUUACGUGACAGAAACUUUGACCCUAAUGUCUUCCUCUCCAAACGUGCAGAAACUUCAUUGAAACCUCUUUUUCACCGUGAACUCUUGUCAAACCUUUUCCAUUCUACCCUCUCAGUUUUACAAACUGAUGAUGAUAUAUGUUCAUUGCUUUUUUGAGUCUAUGUUUUUCUUUCCUUUGUUCCUUCUUACAUGAGAGGAAUAAGAAAAAAAAAACAAUUUCUGUUAUAUUAUUUGGAUCCUUUGCCACCAGAGAAGAGUUACAGACACUGGUACCAGCAUUUUGUGUUGUGACAUUGUGAAUGAUAAAGUCAAUAUUCAUCGUCUUGUGAGGCCCUAA